UAUCUCUCAAGGAUAUUGAUUAUUCUACUGUUCCAUUGAGCUCUUUGAAUUCCUCGUUUCUCGACUCUGUACUACACCCCUCUCAGCGUUGUAAUUUGACGGGAAAAUGCCGGCAGUCGGAGGGAUAGGCCCUGCAGAUGGGAAAGCGUACCCGGGGAACCUCACACCCUUCGUGUUGGUGACGUGCAUGGUCGCCGCCAUGGGUGGUCUCAUCUUCGGAUACGAUAUCGGGAUUUCAGGUGGGGUAACGGCGAUGCCAUCGUUCUUGAAGAGGUUCUUCCCGUCGGUGUACAAGAAGCAGCAGGAGAACUCGACCACCAACGAGUACUGCCAGUAUGACAGUGAGUCGCUGACCUUGUUCACCUCGUCCCUCUACCUGGCAGCGCUGGCUUCAUCCGUAGUCGCGUCCACCGUCACCCGCCGUUUUGGUCGGCGCCUCUCCAUGCUCUUCGGUGGCCUCCUCUUCUGUGUAGGUGCCCUCAUCAACGGCUUCGCCCAAGCCAUCUGGAUGCUCAUCCUUGGCCGUAUCCUCCUUGGCUUUGGCGUUGGAUUUGCUAAUCAGUCUGUGCCGCUUUUCCUCUCCGAGAUGGCGCCGUACAAGUACAGAGGAGCGCUCAACAUUGGUUUCCAGUUAUCGAUUACGGUAGGCAUCCUUGUCGCCAAUAUCUUGAACUACUUCUUCGCCAAGAUAAAAGGCGGGUGGGGAUGGAGGCUGAGCUUGGGUGGGGCUGUGUUCCCUGCCCUGAUCAUCAUUAUCGGAGGUCUUGUCCUCACAGAAACUCCAAACUCGAUGAUUGAGCGGGGCCAGCUCCACGAGGCCCGAGAGAAGCUCAAGAGGAUCCGCGGAGUAGAGAAUGUGGAUGAGGAGUUCAAUGAUCUUGUCGCAGCGAGUGAGGCAUCGAAGAAGGUGGAACACCCUUGGAGGAACCUCCUGGAGAGGAAGUACCGGCCCCAUCUCAGUAUGGCGAUACUGAUCCCGUUCUUCCAGCAGCUCACUGGGAUCAACGUCAUCAUGUUUUAUGCACCUGUCCUUUUCAACUCGAUUGGAUUCGGGAGCAACGCAUCCCUCAUGUCUGCUGUGAUCACUGGUCUAGUAAAUGUUUUGGCCACCUGGGUGUCGAUAUACGGAGUCGACAAGUGGGGUCGGAGGUUCCUCUUCCUCGAGGGUGGUGCUCAAAUGUUUAUAUGCCAGCUUGCGGUGGGAACCUCGAUUGCAACAAAAUUCGGAACGAGUGGCAACCCUGGUGUGCUGCCCCAGUGGUAUUCCAUCAUUGUCGUGCUCUUCAUCUGCAUCUAUGUGUCAGCAUUCGCGUGGUCAUGGGGACCAUUGGGGUGGCUCGUCCCUAGUGAGAUCUUCCCCCUGGAGAUCCGAUCGGCUGCACAGAGUAUCAAUGUCUCGGUCAACAUGUUGUUUACAUUUGCUAUUGCCCAAGUCUUCCUCAGCAUGCUGUGCCACCUCAAGUUCGGGCUCUUCUUCUUCUUUGCCUUCUUUGUGGUUGUUAUGUCCAUCUUUGUGUAUAUCUUUGUACCCGAGACGAAGGGCGUCCCCAUUGAGGAGAUGAGCAUUGUAUGGCAGAGGCACUGGUACUGGAAACGAUUCCUUGAUGAAGAGGACAACUCCCCAAACCGAGGAGUGGAGAUGGGGAAGAAGGUUGUUCCUUGAAAGAUAUACCGGGACCGGUUCAGAAACUGGACACUCUCAAUGAGUCUCCUUUUGCUUUAAAUCUCAUGUAACCGUACAUAUUGGUUAUGUUUAUGAUUUCAAGAACUUAUAUUAUGGUUUUGGGCU